AUGGCAUCCAAGGCCCAAGGGUCCUCCUCUGUGAAGGCACUGGUUGUUGAGGACAACACAGUUCAAAGGAUGGUCCUCUCGCAGAAGUUACACAAUUUUCAAUGUGAGAUUACUCUCGCCGUGAAUGGAAAAGAAGCAGUUGACCUAUUCCUUGAGGGCAAGAAGUUUGACAUUAUUUUUUGCGAUAAGGACAUGCCCAUCAUGACUGGUCCUGAGGCAGUUGUAAAGAUCCGUGCUAUGGGGGAAACUGAUGUGAAGAUUGUUGGGAUGUCAGCUGAUGAUGAUGCCAUGGAGGUGUUCAUAAGUGCUGGUGCUGAUAUUUUUGUGCCCAAGCCUUUCAAGGUUCAGGAUCUCGAGUCUAUAAUUAAGGAAGUCAUCAACAAGAAGAAGAACACCAUGGUCUAG